AUCACUGGGACGUCCACAAUGUCUGAUAUUUAUAAUGACAACAUGGUUCGCAACGAAUCAGAAGCUCAACGAUUGGAUGAGCAAUUUGACCUCCUUACGAUGAACAUUGGCUAUCUCAUCCACCCUGAAGUUGCCGCGUCCCUCCCGCCCAAUCCACGAGUUGCAGAUAUCGGGACAGGAACCGGCCACUAUCUUGAGUGCUUCUGGGACCUGGCAUCCUAUCCUGGGGCGACGCUCGACGGUUACGACAUAUCCUCGACUAUGUUCAAGACGACUGCGAGAGGAAGUCCGUCGCUCAACGUGCUCGACAUCAAACAGCCCGUCCCAGUGGAACUUCAUGCAACGUACGACCUCGUACACGUGCGUAUUCUGGUCGCAGCCAUGCUCCCAGGCGACUGGCCCGGCGUCGUCAGCAACGUUGCCCGACUGGUCAAGCCCGGUGGCUGGGUGCAGUGGGAGGAGUGUGAUAUGGCCGGGACCAAGUAUCUGAGGGGCGGGGAGGCGUCAAAGGUGGAUGCAGUGCGCCAGAUAGGGAGGAUGUUCCUUGAUGCGUUGCACGAAAACCUCAGCCACGGCUGGAAUACGCUUUCCGAUGACAUGCGGGCCGCUGGGUUGAUGCCCAUCCCUAUUGACUGCGUGAGCACCGAUAGACUUCCCAACACGAGAGCUAAAAUGACAGCUAAUGGUAUGAGGGCCGUCAUUUCAUGGAUUCGCAAGACAGGAGCGAUUAGGAAUGAGGAGUUGGAGCAGAUAGAGAGACAGGUGUAUGAGAACAUAAGGUCUGGCUGCUAUUGCAGAUUCGAGGUUUAUGUCCAUUGCGGCCAGAAGCUCUGAGAAGGAAAAGCACGUUGGCAAAGGCACAGCGUAAUCGACGAAAGAGUUGUUCCGCCAACAAUGUUAUUCCGAUAUAUCGAGUAAUAACAAUGGUCUCACUG